UUAAACUGUUAGUAUUAAUUACGCUCAGAUAAAAUCAAUUCUGUGAGUUUAAAUGAGCAGACUACAAUUUUCUUGUCUGACUUAGUCCUCGGCUUCCGUAGAAGCUAUUUCCGGUAUAAAUCGGAAAUGCAGCACACUACUUCCCGAUAUGUGUUUACUUUGUUGACAGUCGCUCUGUGUUGAUUUUAAUUUUUUUUUUUUUUUUUACUUAAAUUCGUUUAACUUUUUUCACUGAACACAUGCACGCAUGACGUGGUGCCUGACAAGUUUCCCGGGACCAAGCGGCGAAGGUUCAGCGGGAGCCGCAGCUACAGUCAGCGGGAUGAGCUCCUCUCCUGUGCCACUGCACACGCAGCUGACGACCGUCAUUAAGUGUAUGGUCCACGCUGCUGUGGAUCAGCUCAGGAAGCUGCUGGAGGAUGAUGCAGGCUUUCACCUCCGACUAACGGUCCAGGCCGACUUAGCUGAGGAUGAGAAGCCUCUGCCGGGCACAGUGAAGCAGGAGAGCCGGGAAGUAAUGGUGGUCUUUACCUCCAUCAUGGAGAAACUGGGUAAUGAAGCUCUCAACAAGAUGAUGAGCAUCAUGGAAGAAGCCUUGCACUUGACAAGGACCAAUGAGAGGCCUCAGACCAGUUUGCCCGUCAAGGCAAAAUUUGAGCAGGAACUCUUGAAUACUGAGUCCCAGCAGGAUGACGACGUGACAAACAUGAUAGUUCAGACUCCACAGACAAUCAAACAAGAGCUGGAAGAGACGGAGGCUUCGUUUGUGUUACAGGUCACAGUUAAAGACGAGCACGGGAACCUCGAGGGAGAAGUCAUCAACGAGGGUGCACAUGUUGAAGUCACUCAGCCUACUCCCCUGGAACCAGAGGAGGAGUCACCAGACUCUUCAUGCUGUGUCUGCACCGUGUGUGGGAAGUCCUUGAAGACCCACGCUGACCUAAAGGCUCACAAACAUGUCCACACGGAUAAGAAACCCUUCUUCUGUACUUUCUGUGGUCGUACCUUCUGCCUCCGGAAGAGCCUGCUGAGCCACAUACGCCUGCACACAGGGGAACGCCCGCACAAGUGUUCAGAGUGUGGAAAGACUUUCACCAAGCAGUGGCUGCUGAAGAGGCACUGUUUGAUUCACACCAGUGAGAAACCACACGGCUGUGAGAUCUGCGGUGAACACUUCAGACUUGGGCGGGACCUGGACCGCCACGCACUCACGCACACCGGCACCAAGCUUUUUGCGUGUGACGUGUGCGGGAAAAGUUUCACUCGUGCCAACAACCUUAAAAGCCACGAACUUAUUCACACGGGGCAGAAAAUGUACAAGUGCGAGGACUGCCCCAUGACCUUCCAGCAGGCCAUCAGCCUCAAGAACCAUCAGAGGAUCCACAGCAGCGUGCGCCCCCACAGCUGUGACCUUUGUGGCAAGACUUUUCGCCAGUCUAUGAGCCUGACGGCCCACCGCCGCGUCCACACUGGAGAGCGUCCGUUUAAGUGUCAGAUGUGCAACAAAACCUUCAUCAAGCAGUGGCAGUUAAAGAGGCACUCCAUGGUUCACACCGGGGAGAAACCAUACAGCUGUGAAGUAUGUGGCCACCGCUUUAGGCUGGCACGAAACCUGCAUCGCCACACACUUAGGCACACGGGCGUCAAGCUCUUCAUGUGCGGCAUGUGUGGGAAAGGCUUCACUCGUGCCGACAGCCUCAAAAUCCACGAACUCAUCCACACGGGGCAAAAACCUUUCAAGUGCGAAGACUGUUCCAAGACUUUCAGACAAGCUGUGGGUCUAAAAAACCACCGGAGGAUCCACGGCGACGCGCCGCCCUUUCGCUGCGAGUUCUGCGGCAAGACCUUCUGCCAUUCCAUAAACCUGACGAUCCACCGCCGCGUGCACACCGACGAGCGGCCCUUCAAGUGCCAGGAGUGCGGCAAGACCUUCCGCCAGUCCAUUAGCCUGAAGGUUCACCGCCGCAUCCACACUGGCGAGCGACCGUUUAGCUGCAAGGAGUGCGGCAGGACAUUCAGUCAGCAGACCAGUCUGAUUGUGCACAGCCGCACACAUUCCACAGAGAAGCCGUACUCCUGCACCUGCUGCGACAAGAAGUUCAAAGACCCCAGCAGCCUGAAGGUGCACCAACGGGUGCACACCGGCGAGAAGCCGUACACCUGCAACAUCUGCAGCAAGACCUUCAGCCAGGGCAGCCACCUGCGCACACACAGGAUCCACAUGCACGCAGGCGGAAAGCAGUACAUCUGUGAAAAGUGCGGGAAGACGUACUCCAAUCAAAGCAACCUGAAGCUGCACAAAUGCCGCUUUGCAUAAACUGUAAACUACACACAAUAACAAAUGACCUCUGAUUGGACAGCCCUGAUUGAAGCUCCGCCCACUGUCAUUGUGACCAUAACUUGGUUAUAAAGUUACAGAUAAAAUAACUGUAAAUAUUCAAGUUGUACAAAAAAGCUUUUUUCCCGAUGUUUAUAAGAUAUUUAAUAAAAUAUUUGGAACAUAAGAGUAUUAUAUAAAUAUUUACACAGAGUUGUACAUAUAAAGAAAAGGAAAAACAAUAAAUAUGAAUCAAUAUUUGAAGAUAAUGUAU